AUGACGUUAUCUUCGAAAUUCCAAGCGAAUGAGAACGCAAUCGUAUCCAAACUGCUCUUCCAGACCGCUUCUACUCAAAUCACCGUUUUUCUUCUCACACAAUUGAUUGGUUUAUACCUAAGAGCCUAUCAAACUGGCAAUCCAUUGCGAGCUGCAUACAGGGAAAAUUCCGAUCUAUUCAACUACUACACCUUAGUACAGCCAAUUCUGUCGACGAUCUACUUUGCAAAAGUGAAACGAAAGCGAGCCAAAGAUAUCAUAAACAAAAUCAACAUGAAAGCGACAGGAAAUGAAGGGUGGAAGAACUAUUCGAUCAUACUUCGAAAUCAGUGGAAAUAA